AUGUCUACUGGCGGUUGUUUCUGCGGAAAGGUCCGGGUUGAAUAUAGCGGUCAACCCAUGAACUCGGGACUAUGCCACUGUCUUGAUUGCCGUAAAAUUACCGGCAGUCUCUACUCCUACAGUUUUGUCGUCAACCGGGCUGACCUGAAAGUCACUGGAAACCCAAAAGAAGUGGCAAAAAUAUCGGACAGCGGAAAUCAUAUCAAGAACUAUUUCUGCUCAGAUUGCGGUACAGUACUAGAUAACUGGGGUUGGAAAGGCACGUUCUGA